GCUGUGUCGCGAGCUGGCGGCGGCUUUUAACGACACCGCAUUUAUAUCCACGCGAUCUAACGCUCCCACCCCCCAAAACAACAACAACAACCCCCUUAGUUGUGAAAGUUAAAGGAGGUGCGAGCGGGCGAGCGGGCGGGUGGGUGGUGGAAGUCCUCGCCGCUCCAUUUCGCAAUCGCGUUCCGCCGCGGGCCUCCGUAGGCGAGGCGCGCGCUCUCGCGGUGCACGUCGGGAGGCGCGGCCUGAGCGGCAGAAGGAGCAGAGGAGGAGGAGGAGGCCCCCCCCGACCCCGGCCUCGGCUCCCGGCUCCGGGUCUCGGCCCACCACCCCCCACGCAGGGCCCCGUCACAGCGGCCCUGCCUCUCCUCCUCCUGCUCGCCACGCGCGGCAACCGUCGCGAUGCCUCCGGCGCCGCCCCGGGUGUGAGUGAGCACUCGCGGCAGAGAUGGAUCACGGCUCGGCGAGCGGCGAAAGGCGAGGCUCAGCGCCGGCGGCCUCGCACCCGGCGGGCCAGCAGCAGUGGAAAGGAUACAAGCUCCUGGUGGACCCGGCCCUCAAGAAGGGCCACCAGAAGGUCUACCGAUACGACGGCGCCACCUUCUCGCUACCCAAUGCGGGAUUCCCGGCUGUGGACAGAGUUCGCGAUCCGCGGCACAAGCGGUUCUGGGCGCGGACAAGAGAGAUCGACCUCCCCGUCCCCAAAUUCAAGAUCGAUGAGCAUUACGUAGGACAGAUCCCGCCUAAGGAGGUGACGUUCGUGAAGCUCAACGACAAUGUGAAGGAGAGUUUUCUGGUCGAGAUGUGUAAGCGCUUUGGGGACGUGGAGGAGGUGGAGAUCGUCUACAACCCCAAGAACAGGAAGCACCUGGGCCUUGCCAAGGUGGUGUUCACCACGGUGCGCGGCGCCAAGGAGGCCGUCAAGAACCUGCACAACACCUCCGUCAUGGGCAGCAUCAUCCACGCGCAGCUCGACAUCAAAGGCGAGCAGAGGAAAAAGUACUACGAUCUGAUUGUGAGUGGCCAGUUCACGCCGCAGUCGGUUCCCACUGGGAGCCGGCCACGCUUGGAGAUGUUUCCACCUCCCAUCCCAGAGCCCAUACAGGCUAACGAUCCACGAAUCCGGCGCACGUCCGAAACGAGCACGGCCGGCCCAUCCCCGACGGCGCGUUCCGGCACGCCGUACUCUCAGGACACCGGCUACGCAGGCUCGGGGUCCGGCUCGUUCGCUCCGCCCUUCACGCCGCACUCCUCGUCCACGCAGAGUACGCCGCGGCAGGGCCCCGGAACGCCGUACACCCAGGACUCGCCCUACCCCACCGCGCCACAGGGAACGCCUGUGUUUUCCUAUCCGCCCCUGCCUCUGGAACCGGCUGGCUUUAAUUCGCGGAGGCACGACGGCCCGUACACGGACACGUACGGCGUGAGACAAGAGCCGCACUACCCGCCGCCGCCGCCUCCCCCGCCGCCGCCCAUGCAUUUCAUGGCCCCCGAGCCACCUUACCCUCCGCCGUACGCCAAGCAGUUUCCACUGGAGGGCGCUGGCUAUCCACCCGACUUCCCACCACCGCCUCCCCUCUUCUCGCCAGCCUUCCCUCCUUACCCCGAGAUCCCUCCGCCUCCGUUCAUGCUGCCCCCGGCAGAGCAGGAGUUCCAAGCGCCUCCGCCCGCGCAACCCGAGCCGGACAGUUACCACUUGGGUGAGACGGGACACCGGGGCGGCGGCUCCGACUACUACAGCAACACGGGGCCCCCGCCCGGAUUCUACAGCCCCGAGAGGACACAGACACCCACAUCGGUGCCCCCCGCCAGCGUGCCGGCAACCGCUCCCCUCGUUUCCGGCGAGUCCGAGUCGCCGAGCAAAUCGACGUCUCCUGAAAUUGUGCCGGACGCCGCGUUGGCCGUUGACGGCGUUGGCUGCGGCGUCGAUGCCCAGAACGCUAGCACUUCUGUCCACCACCAGCCCCUGCUGCCUCCACCACCGCAAACUCAACCGCCGGAGCCUCCGCCGGCGGAGCAGGAAAGCCCGGCGAAGCGCGAGGAGGCAGUGGUUGACGAGCAGCAGUCGAGCCUGGACUCGCGCAUCGCCAUGCUGCUCAGGGAACAGCGUGACAAGUUUUCUUUCCUGCAGGCCACGUCUGAUUCGGACGAUGAUGAGGAAAGUGCAAAGCAGCAACUCUAUUCGGACGGCUCUGUGGCCAAGCUGGCAGUAGGGGCGACGCAGCACCAGGAAGAAUAUCUGGUGACCAUGCAGGAGCCCGGCGAUGUCAUGCUGGCAAGCGACAUCACAGGCAUCACCGUAGAAAUCGGCACGCCCACCAACCACAUGGACUCCGGGCAGCAAUCUGGUGAUGACAUGGAGAUUUCGGACGGCGAGGCGUCCCCGCUGGCAGAGCACGGCGGCCACGGGACGGGCAUCUCCCUGCCGCUGCCAUCACGGGGCCCGGCGGCGUCCAUGCUGCCUCCCCUGCCCAUCCCUUCCGCUAUGCCGGGCAUGCCGGUGCCGCCCCUGCCGGGCUACGUGCCGCAGCAGCCGCCUCCACCGCCUCCGGGUGCCGCCUACUCGGUGCACAUCCCGCCGCUGCCCCCCAUGCCUCCGCCGCCGCACCCCGUGCACGUGGCGGGCGCCGUUUCGGCCCCGCUGGCGCAGCCCUCCGAGUUUUACGGCGUCAUGGAGCUGAUAAGCGGGGCGCUGGCGCGGCUGGGGGCCCCGCCCGUGCCCUACGCGGCGCAGACGCAGGUGGUGAGCCGCGUGCUGUACGCGCUGCACGAUCGGCUGCCCUUCCUGGUGAGCGAGCAGCAUCACACGCCCUUCUCGGCGCUGCCGGCCGACAUGGCCGAGUUGGUGGUGGACAUGGUGCGCGACGCCGUCUACUCGGGACAGGGGCAAGGAUUCAUGUACCAAGGCGCCGGCGCGGAUGAUGGUCCUGCCGGCUUCCCCUUCCAGCACUACGAUGGCGGGAGUACCGCGAGGAGUGCAGGGAACAGUGGCGGCCCCGCAGCCGGGGAGUCUGAAUUCAAUUUUGGGUCCUUCCGCCUGCCGACCUUUGACCCCAACUCGAUGGACUUCGAGGAGCCUCACCGCCUGACCGUAGAGGAGGUGUUGAGCACGUUGGUGCUCGAGAUGAAGAACAUCAUGACGCGUGACAUCGUUCGCAAGAUGGUGGAGAUGGUGGCCUUCAAGACCUUUGACCUGUGGUGGGACCUGCGAGAAAGCAAGGCCAAGAGCGAACAGCCGUCCCUGGCCCAAGGCCAGAUGAGGGACGAGGAACGACCGAGGCCCAAGGAGAUGUUGUACGACAGCCUGGCCAAGGGGGGGCCCUUCGGCGUGGAGGGCCUUGGCAUGGCCAUGGGUUUCCGUGGUCUCCACAUGCCGUCCUUCAAGGUUAAGAGGAAAGACCCACCUGAGGGCGACUCCAUGAGUGACCCGAAGAGAAUGAGGCCCUCCACUCCAGCUUACGACUACGAGGAAGAGUCGGAGCAGGGCAAGGAAGCCGCGCUGCCCCCCAUUAAGCGGGACAAGCCCCCCGCCAAGCAGCGGCAGAAACGCGCGCGCUCCCUGGACCUGGACAGCGAGGGAGAGGAGGAGAGCUCCGACAAGGAGUCCGAGGAAUCUUCCCGCGAUUCGGACGACGAUUCUAACGCUGAAGAGGCCUCGAGCACCGCCUCGGUCAAGGGGUCAGGGUCGUCGUCCUCGUCGUCGUCGUCGUCAUCGUCAUCAUCGUCGUCAUCGUCGUCUUCCUCGUCGUCCGAGAGCGAAGACGGGUCUUCCUCAGAGUACGAGAGCAGCUCCUCUUCGGACGAAGAGGUGGAAGAGGCGGCCGACGAUGGGAAAGACGUUUUCAAAGUGCCGACGGUCAACAAGGCCUCGGUGGUGAAAGUGGACGCCGGCGUGGAGGAGGUGGAAGUCGGCGUGAAGGAGGGCGACACGGCCGCUGCUGUUGCAGGGCGCGUCGUGACGGUCAGCGUUUCUCUCUCAGUGCCGAAACCUGCUGCUGAGGCGAGCAAGAAGACUGAGGAGGUACCAGAAGAAACGGCACCUGUCGACACGGCACCGGACAGUCCGUUCCAGGUUCCAGCAGCACCCAAAUCUGCCGGAACCCCUCUGACGCCGCCGAGCGCUAAAACGGAGGAGAGCGACUCGGGCCCGGAGACCCCGGUGAAGAGGAAACGCGGCGGCACGCAGCGUCGCUCGCCUUCGCCCCCGCCGCCCCCACCGCAGCCCGCGGAGGACGCCGACAGCGACCUCCCGCGAACGCCCGGCCGGGACUCGCACGCCGCGCUCUCCGACUCGGACUUCUCGCUGCAAACCGUCACCUCUCCCGCAUCUUCCACGUCCACUCUGCUGGCGCCGACGACGCCCGGUCCCAAAGACGUCCGGCAAGUCGACGCCGCACCGGCCUCCUCCCCUGCCGCCUGCGUUCCGCCGACGGCGGAGCCGGCGGCCGCGACUGCGGCCGCGUCGCCCCAGCAUCAAAUCCCGCUGGACCACGCGGCGCUCGUCAAGUCGCCACCCCCCGAGCACGGCCACGCGAGGUCGCGCGGGCGAUCCCGCGGCCACCACCACCACCACGACGGGCCGCGGCGCCACCAGACGCCCAGCGACCCCUCCGAGUCGCCCUACGUGUACGGCGUUCCCGGGUGGGAGUCGUCCAAGUCGUCGGACGGCCCGCCCUCCACGCCGGGCCGUGGCGUCGGCGCCGUGGAGAGCGAGGACGAGCGGCUUUGGUGCAAGGAGCGCCUGAGCGCCAACUCGCUGCUCGAGCUCGCCAACUGGGCUUCGCCCCUGCAUCGCGACGGUCGGCAGGCCGCGACCACCCGCGACCUGGACGUUCUGGCCGACGUGGCGCUCACGGCGAUGAAGCCCCGGGUGGCUGGAAGCGACCGCGAGGCAUUCGAACCGACGUCCGAGGCGGAGGAGCUGAUGCAGCUGGAGCUUGAGGAGGAGGAGGAGAAGGAAGAGGAGGUGUCUCUGGUUCAGCAGCAGCUGUACGUGGAGCACAGCUACGCGAAGCUGCCGUCGCCCAGCGAAUGCGCCGCGCGCAAAGCCCCGAGCGGUGAGGCCGCGGCGCCGGUGGCGCCGGACGGGAGCUCGGAGAACGACGAGAGGGCCCGGCGCCUCACCGAGCGCAUGGACAGCGACAUCCACAAGCUCCACGUGGAGCACGAGGUGGAGAUCACCGACACCGAGCCAGAGCCGGGAGAGGUGAUGGUGGACGUGGAGCCGGGGGAGGUGCGCGGCCGUGACAGAGAGGGGAGGCGCGAGCGCGAGCCCGGGGAGGUGCGGCACAAGCGGGAAACGGAUGGCGCCGCCACCACCGCCACCGCCGUAACCGCAGACAGCAAAAGCGUGGAAACGGCGGAGGACCGGGGGGCUCGGGGCGCUCCUUCCAUCGCCGCCGCCGCCGCCGCCGCCUUGGACCACCGCGCCGAGAAAGAAAAGGUGGAGGAAGUGGGCGGUGAGGAGGAUGAGGAGGAGGACGAAGAUGACGACGAUGACUUUGAAGAGAAGCUGGCUCUGUACAAGCAGCGCACGGAGCUGGAGGAGAUGGCCAUCCUCUACGACAUCUGGAGCGCCGGAAUCGACAUGGAGGACGUCCUCUACAUGAAGGAGAUCUACAGCAAGCUGCUCACGCAGGAGGGGGGGCCCGACUGGCUCAACGAAACACACUGGGUCUGGCACUGCCCCAGCAUCGUGCCGGACGGCCGCAAGAAGAAGGGCAAGAAGAAGAAGAAGGACGACGAGGAGAGCCCGCGCGAGCACCUGUCUGGCUGCGCGCGCUGCGAGGGCUUCUACAAGCUCAGCCACAAGGAGAAACGCGAGGGCAAGAGCCAGGAGAGCCCCUCGCAGAUUCAGCUGGCAGAGGGCGCCAUCGUGGGCGCCAAUGCCAUGAACCAGCAGCUGCAGCAACAGCAGGGGGGUAGCAGCGCAGCACGGGCAGGCUCGGAGCGCCGGUGGGAGCAGCGCCGACUCCUCGCCUCCAUCGGCAGCAUCGGGGGCGUUUUGGCCGACAGCGACGUCUUCAAGUUCAACCAGCUCAAGUUCCGCAAGAAGAAGCUGCGCUUCACCAAGAGCCGGAUCCACGAGUGGGGGCUCUUCGCCUUGGAGCCCAUCGCUGCCGAGGAGAUGGUCAUCGAGUACGUGGGGCAGGGAAUCCGACAGCUGGUGGCCGACAUGCGGGAGAAGCGGUACGAGGUGGAGGGCAUCGGCAGCAGCUACCUGUUCCGUGUCGACCACGACACCAUCAUCGACGCCACCAAGGUCGGAAACCUGGCGCGCUUCAUCAACCACAGCUGCAACCCAAACUGCUACGCCAAGGUCAUCACGGUGGAGUCGCAAAAGAGGAUCGUGAUCUACUCCAAGCAAGCCAUCAACGUAAACGAGGAGAUCACCUACGACUACAAAUUCCCCAUCGAGGAGAACAAGAUUCCCUGCCUGUGCGGAGCAGAGCACUGCCGCGGCACGCUCAACUGAGCCCAACGCCGGCGGUGGCGGAAGCAGCGGCGUCGGCGUCCCUACCAGGCACCGGCACCGGUUCCUGUCCCGGGGACCUCUCCUGCCCGUGGGGGAGGGGGGGAGGGCGUCGCGCGCCAUGCGUGGAUAUUUACGCCUUCCCGUGGCGGCGUUCCCACCCGCGGGAGCGGCUCAGUGCCCCGAGCUGGCAUUUCCAUGAUCGGUCGCCGUCUCUUCGUGCCCUGGAAAAAUAAUGCCGAGGUGGGGGGAGGUGUCGGUGACGCGGCGACCCCUCGCUGCUGGACAAGCCUGCAGAAUAAAGAGGUGGCCGGGCGAAGCGAGCCGGGGGGGGGAGGCGUGGUUGAGUUGCGUUCCAUCUUCUUCACGUCCUUGUCGACCACCCACCCGUGUGACCAAAGUGACGUGCUCCGUUCCUCCUCGGUCAGUCGCACGCUUAUUUAUGUGGUCGCCGUGACAGUUUACUUACGCGAGGAGGUCAGCGAAUUGAGCAACCUCAGAAGACACUGACGACGUGCGGCGGCGGCGGCGGCGAUAGAGAGCGGGGCGAGCGCCCCGCCGUUUGUCCCGUGUCUACCUGCACCUCGGCGGCAACCGUCCGUCGCACUCGGCGACUCGUGCGACGGCGCCUUCGGCGAGCGCCCGUGCACGCGUCUCCCGUCGUUGCGCGAUCUGCCGUGUCGCUGUCGUUAAAAAAAAUAAAAUCGCAACGGCAUGAAGCUGGCAAAUGUGAUUGCUCAACAGAAUCGUUUGAUUUUCAGUGCUCAGGGCAUUUUGGAUUUCAUUUCCCGACUAGUAUAAGGUAACUCCUGCAGGUUCGCCAGCAGCCACCGAUAGUUGGCCCGUCGCUUCCAUCUAAAAACCAUGGCAAAAGUGGCAGCUUGGGGGGAGGGGGGGCCGCGCUCUGCCAAAAGACCUCUCGCCUGCACUGCCGUCGGUACAAGUCGUUCGCUAGGCACGUGGAGGCUGUUCCCGACGGACACUCCUGCUUCAAGUGAUGACUUCUUAGACUGCAAGAGGCUGCAGUGGCGCUCGUGACAAUUUAGGGGGGACACGAAUCCCACGAGCCUUUGGGGAAAGCGGGGAACCCCAGGCGAGUUUUCGUUCCCCCACCGGUCCAGUUGGCCCUUAGCCUUAGUUCUUGUACAUAUUGUACUGUAUUGUUUCUGAUGGGGUUUAUUUUUAUUACGUUUUUGUAAAGGCAAACCUUUCUUCUGCCACGCGUGGCUCUGCUGUCACGGGGAGUGGAUGUUUCGAGAGAGCGCCUGAAGAGGCCGUCUCCGUUUCGGUUGCCUGCGUUCUGCCCUUCUGUUGUCCUUUUUGUCCGAUCGCUAAAAGGCAGCGUCUUGGCCUGUCGUUAUUUUGCCCGUGUUUUUUUUUAAAUGUACAUAUGUUUAUAUGCUGUGUAUUGUUUAACAUGCAGUAUUUGCCCCGUGUAUUAUAGUACAUUUUAUAUAAAGGACAAUAAAUUUACAACCCUCUUCUCAGGA